AUGAGACCAAUAAAGAAUGCAAAGAGUUUCACUACGGUGGAUGUUUGGGCAAUCGAAAUCGCUUCGAUAGCAAACAACAGUGUAUGCUUGUUAGAUGUUCAUCCGGGAUAUUGCAAUGACGAUCGGAAAGGCCACUGGUGGUACUACUUCAAUGCAACUGAUGGUGAUUGUCAGAGAUUCUUCUACUAUGGAUGCGGUGGUAAUGAUAAUCGCUUUUAUAGUCACUAUCACUGUGAAAAGGUGUGUGGCGAACGUUUAGCGCUCGAUACUGAUGGGACAUUCCUUGUAACCACUGGUCCUUCUGGCCACUACACGUGUGAAUGUCGAGAAGGUUGCUUCUGUUUUGAUCAUAACUUUGUAGCAUGUGAUCGCUGUGAUGUUCGUACAUCGAUAUGUAUUAUUCAUUCGAAAUACAAUUACGCAUGUGAAUGUCGGGAAGGAUUUGUCAAAAAUGUUGGCGGUGAAUGUGUUGAUUUAGACGAAUGCCGUAUCGGAAAUUCAGUUUGCGAUCGGAAUGCACAGUGCGUGAAUAUGGUUGGCUCGUAUACAUGCAAAUGUAAUAUUGGCUAUAACGGAGACGGGAAAAAAUGCACUUACGUUGGCAUUGGUCGGACAACAACAAAUUGUGCAAAGUGCAGUCCAAAUGCAAUCUGCUCGCAGGGUGUUUGCACUUGCAAUAUUGGUUUCAAAGGCGAUGGACUAAACUGCACAGAUACUGAUGAGUGUUUAUCAUGGCCUAGGGCAUGUCACUAUCAUGCUAAGUGUCAUAAUAUCAAAGGAUCAUAUCAAUGCGAGUGUCGAUCUGGCUAUGCAGGUAAUGGCUACAACUGCACUUCUGCUCCUUCAGCAUGCACGAAUUCAUUCGACCCUCAGUACAGUAAUCAAUGCGGCAUAGGGAAUUGGCGUCCUCAUUACUACUACGAUUAUGAAAAGAAUCGCUGCAGAUCAUUUUGGUAUGAUGGGUGUCCGGGGAAAUCUAUGAAUAUAUUCUCGGAUGCGAACACUUGCCAAGUGUUGUGUGAAAAUUUAACAGAUGAAAAUUUAAGCAAUGAAUUUAACAGACGAGGGAUUUGUUGGGAUGUUCUCGACACUGACCAUCUCAACCGUUGCAGAAAUGGCACCUGGGAACAGCGCUUCUAUUUUAAUAAAUAUACGAAAAAAUGCGAAAUGUUUUGGUACGGUGGAUGCAGUUCGCACUCCCUCAACAUGUUCAAAGAUUUACGCUUCUGUCAAGGAAUUUGUGAACAUUUGCGACUCUACAUGCCUGGAUUGGAAUCUGCUGUCGAAGUGAAACAGAAAAGUCAUCAGCUGACAGAAGCAUUAAGUGUGAAACUGAAUAGCAGUGGUACUACUGAUAAUGUUAUCAAUGAGAAUAUUUGCUGUAUGGCUAAUCAAUGUCAAUCUAACGCCACGUGUUACUUCAACAAAACGAUACAAAAAUAUUCUUGUAAAUGUAAAGUUGGACAGAAGGACUGCAUCAAGAAAAUCAAUAAAGCAAUGCAGAAUUAUAACGGUAUUUCAGAUGAUAUUAUUGAACCUUAA